AUGGAUAUGUCAGGAAUGAGUAUGAGCAUGAGUGGGAUGGGAAUGGGGACGGGCAUGUUCCAGGCCGAUAACAUGGGCCUCGCGCAGGCGUACUGGUAUCUCAUUGCCGGUGUAUUGGGCCUCUGUGUAGCAGUACGAGCCGGCAGCUUCCUUCAAAGACGGACAAGGUGCUCCUCAUCUUCGAUCCAGUUCCCCACGAAACCAUCGGGCCCGUUAUCACAAGCCUUCGCAACGGCAACGGCAAUCGGCCGUGAGGCCAGCUACUCCCAGAUCUAUGUGCCCACCAAAUAUCUCUCAUGGAUGACGCCACCGCCUAUGGGCCGGAUACUGAUUCUCCUGGUGUACUGGGCCGUGGUCAUCUAUAUGGCAACAGCUGGAGCCAUCGUCAAAGACGCCUACUUUUGGGAGCGUAUUGGUUUCCGCAACGCUUGGGUCACGGUGACACAAAUUCCUUUCCUAUACCUCCUUGCUUCCAAAAGCAGCAUCCUUGGUGUCAUUGCCGGGAGUAGCUACGAGAGGCUCAACUGGCUGCACCGAUGGGUCGCUCGAACAAUGUUUGUCACGGCAACUAUACACGGUUUCCACUUCUGGUCCGAGUAUCAACGGGCGGGUCUCGUGGCGUACAUGAUCAAAAUGAUGCCCAUGAUCAAAUACGGAUUUGCGGCAUGGGGCCUGCUGCUAUGGGCAAACGUCUCGGCCAUGUCACCCCUCCGCCAUUGGAACUACGAACUUUUUAUUGCGCAGCACAUGUUGACGUGGAUCAUUUUCCUCUACGUCAUUUAUGUCCAUGUGCCGGCCUACGCGCAGUACAACGUGUGGUUCGCAAUUGCCGCUCUGUGUUUCGACCGCCUCUAUCGAACUGUCCUGCUUGUGUGGCAGAACAUCAAGAUCCGGCCCAACAGGUCUCAAUGCAAGGGUGGACAGCGAAUCGGCCAUCAGGCACAGAUUCGCGCCGUGGGCGAGGACAUCACAAUUGUCACUAUCAAAGACGUUCACUUCUCAUGGCGAGCCGGUCAGCACCUGUACCUGUGGAUGCCGAAAAUUGGAUACUCGGAUCACCACCCAUACACUAUUGCUUCCGCACAUAAGCUUCCCGGCACAUGUAUCUGCAACAGUGUUCAGCUCGUCGUGCGGAAGCACAAGGGUUUCUCCCGAAGACUGCACAACCAUGCGAAGAAGCUACAAUCUUCAGGGGAAAAGGGGUCUGACAGCCUUUCAUCCACCGGUGCAAGCUUUACUCUUCCCAUUCUGGAGAGCGUCCUACUUUCCAAGGAUAGGUCACUCUGCACACGGCGCAUAGACUUUCUCCUUGCCGCCAAGAAAGGCGACGAAAUCGACUACUACGUCCAACGGCUACACGAGAUGAUUGACAAGGCAGCGGAUGUGGGCAUCGAGUUGAGAGUACACAUCCACGUAACGCAGGGGGCCGCCAGUCCCAGCUUUGGUGAACAGGACAGGAACCGGCGAGACCAAGGACGGCAAAACCUCAUCAUCAUCAGUAGCACCAUCACCCUCAAACCGCGGGAGUCUCAACAAGUCGGAAGUGGGAUCCGUGGACAUCGAGAAACACGCUGCCCAGGUCGGCAGACGCAGCAGUUCGGCGAGCAGCGACUCUCACGUGCACCAGUCCUCCUCACGACCGAAUAUCGAGGCGUUCAUCAGGGACCCGGUGGAGGCUACUGGAGGGGAGACAUCGGUGGUGGUUUGUGGAGGAAAAUCGCUGGUGGCUAG